ACUGACUUCACCACCUCCCAGACGGCAGCACUUCCCGCCCUCGGCCAAGUCCCAGGCACUGCCACCACACUCAACGCAGUGCUUACUGCUCCUUCCAAGCUCACAGUCCUUGCAGAGCCACGCUGCCACCUUCGCCUCUUUGGCCACCAAAGCACCCAGGACGCUCGGUGCCCUAGGGAUCACUCAGUCACCUGGUCCCUGGGGCCCAGUGUCACCCCCCGCUGAUUCGGAGACACAGCCACCCCCACCGCCACCACGGCCACCACGGGUGCCACGCGCCGCCGCAGCCGCGCCGCCGCCGCCUCUGCAACCCGCCCGCCGCCCACCAUGGCCCCACAGCAAACAGGUAGCAGGAAGCGGAAAGCCUCGGAGGUCGAGCAGGGCGCUGGGACUUCUUCGUUGCCUGGGAGGGCGGCUGCGGCGGCGGGAACGGGCCAAGCGGAUGGGCCAUUGCUGCUGGCCAAGAGGCCGCGGCGGCCCGUGGCUCGCCGCUCCUUGGUGCACUACUUGAAGGGCCGUGCUCUGGGCGCUGAUGGCCACCCGGGGGUAGCGGGCUUCGAGGGCGAUCUGCGCAGCUAUGGGGUCCUCAGGCUGCCCGAGCUGCUGAGGGAGCGCCAGCUGACCCUAGGCCCCCUCAAUAAGGUGUUCGCAUCGCAGUGGCUCAAUGCCAGGCAGGUAGUGUGUGGCACCAAGUGUAACACGCUCUUCGUGGUUGAUGUCCAGACUGGCCGGAUCACUCGCAUUCCCCUGAUGCGAGACAGAGGGCCAGGACAAACCCGUGCCCAACCCACCUGUGGCAUCCACGCCAUCCAGCUGAAUCCCUCAAAGACCCUCCUAGCUACAGGAGGUGAAAACCCUAACAGUCUAGCAGUCUAUCAGCUACCCACCCUAGACCCUGUGUGCUUAGGUGACCGCCAAGGCCACAGGGACUGGAUCUUUGCCAUCGCCUGGAUGAGUGAUACCGUGGCUGUGAGUGGCUCCCGUGAUGGCACCGUGGCACUCUGGCGGGUGGAUUCCGACAUGUUCAAUGGCAGCAUUCCCUGGCACAAUAAUUCAGGAAUUCCACGGUAUUCACACAUUCGUCCAAGGGACAUGGAAGCCAUUCCAAGGGCAACUACUAACCCAGGUAACCGCAAAGUGCGAGCCCUUGCAUUCAGUGGCAGAAACCAGGAGCUGGGAGCUGUGUCCCUGGAUGGCUACUUCCACCUGUGGAAAGCCCGGAGCUCCCUGUCCAGGCUGUUGUCCCUGAGGCUGCCUUACUGCAGGGAGAAUGUGUGUCUUACCUACUGUGAUGAGUUGUCCCUCUACGCAGUGGGUUCUCAGUCUCACGUUUCAUUCCUGGAUCCAAGACAACGCCAGCAGAACAUCAAACCUUUGUGUUCCCGAGAGGGAGGCACAGGUGUGCGUUCUCUGAGUUUCUACCAGCACAUCAUCACUGUGGGCACUGGACAUGGCUCUCUGCUCUUCUAUGACAUUCGUGCCCAGAAGUUCCUAGAGGAAAGGGCCUCAGCCAGUCCAGACUCUUUUCUUGGGCGCACAGGGAGGAAGCUCAAACUCACGUGUGGCAGAGGCUGGCUCAACCAAGAUGAACUCUGGGUAAACUACUUUGGAGGUACUGAGGAAUUCCCCAACGCACUCUACACUCACUGCUACAACUGGCCUGAGAUGAAGCUCUUUGUGGGUGGAGGCCCACUCCCUUCAGGCCUCCAUGGCAACUAUGCAGGCCUCUGGAGCUAAAGUCACUGUGCUCUUGGGAAAGUGUAUAGAUUUAUCUUUUAAGUUCAAACUUACAUUCUUUGCAUAUGUGCUUUUGUGUAAUAUAGGUAUGUGCAUGCCUGAUUGUGUGUGUGUGUGAGUGAUUUAUUUUCAAAGUGGAGUUGACCCAACUUUCUAGUGCUCAAUCACAGAAGGAAACGAAAAAGGAGAGAGAGAGGAGGAAGAGGAACAGAAGGAAGAGACAGAGAGAGACAGAGAUAGAGACAGAGAGAGAGAGAGAGAGAGAGAGAGAGAGAGAGAGAGAUUUCUAUAUCCUCUUAGCAAUAAAAACUUGCUUUGACUUGGGCACUUUCUCUCAGAGCACUACAUUUUUGCUGUAUCAUACAAAAAAGUUUUAAUCUUUUUUUUUUUGCAGUGAUUUAUGUAUUUUCUUUCUUUAGGCGAAUGUAGUCAUUGCUUUCAGUGAAUUCAGCACUAGAGUUUUACCAGCGUUCCAAUAAUUUUUUUCAAGUCAUUUGAAUAGUCCAUGGACAUACCAUCUUGAUAGAAGAUGUUUUAAAAUGUUUGUUGGCCUGAUCUCAGAAAAUAUUUAAAGCUCUAAUCAAAGUUUCUUUCUUUCUUUCUUUUUUUUUUUUUUAAUGUACUUCAAGUUUUAGAUUAUAACUGUUUGGAGUGUCUUUCAUUUGAAUGUAGGAAAACUCAGUAGUGGAUUUGAACAUUGUGGGAGUAUAAAAUGGUUUAAGAUGUAUUAUUUUAUUUUUGGAAUUAUACAAUAUUGUUCAAACUACUAAUCAACAAAAUUUUAAUUCAGAAAACAUGAGCAUAACCACACUUAGCCCUAAAGCCUUCUUUUUUAAAGUACUGUAUUGUGACCUGCUUUCCUGAGAACCAUUUAUGUUAAAGAUGUUCAGCGCUAAUGAAAUCUGACAUAAAUUUUCAGGAUAAUUGGAAAGGUAUUUGGGGAAUUAACAUUUCCUGAACAUUCAAGAAACACAGUCCAAUUAGCCAUUUGCAAUGGUCAGAGUGAGUGCAGUUGAUACUUGUAUUGGGUACAUAUAUAGUUAUUUUAUGUGGAUCACUUUUUAGUAUGUGAUGUAUUGUAAAAAAAAUAAAAAAAAAUAAAAAUGUGUUCAGCAUCAUAAUAAUUAAAUUAAGUUUAAAAUGA